UCUCAAUCUCUCCAUCGAAGUGUGCGUAUCGCGUUGUUUGUGACUGUUUGGCUUUGGGAGCUUAAAAUAUUGGUUGGUUGCUGCAAGACCAUUAUCUGCAAGAGAAGUAAACUAAGCUAUGCUAACAAGGCAGAUAGGCAACACGUCGGAGCCACACCGUAAACGUAGACACUGGGGAGGACAGCCAAGAGAGCUGCGGACAGAGCAACAUUUAAAUUGCGAAGGAUGUUAAUUUUGCAUGUCCUAGCUUGAUACCGCUGCCACAACAAGCUGGGACCCAUUUAGAUUGCUGUAUAAAAGCGACGACGUUAAGGUCGUUUUUUAUAAAGAUCGGAAUAGCUUAGAAUUUCAAUGUUAUUGUUAAAAAGCUUCGGUCGAUCACAAUGUCAUAUUCUGGCAAUUUGGUUUGGGAUGUAAAUAAACGUUCAAUUGGAUACAACGAUCCUAAUAACAUCAGGACCAACUAUUUAGGUAGGAGAGAGUUUGUGCAGCGGCUCAAACUUGAAGCAACGCUGAAUGUACAUGAUGGCUGUGUCAACACUAUAUCCUGGAAUGAAACGGGAGAGUACAUCCUGUCUGGUUCUGAUGAUACCUUCCUUGUCAUCACCAACCCAUACAACAGAAAGGUCAAGAAGUCCAUACGGUCGGGUCACAGGGCCAACAUCUUCAGCGCAAAGUUCAUGCCCCACACCAACGACCAGGAGAUCAUCUCCUGCUCGGGGGACGGUAUCAUCUACUACACGCACACGGAGAAGAGUCUGGAGCUGAACAGGCAGUGUCAGUUCUCCUGCCAUUACGGAACCGCUUACGAGAUUAUGACGGUACCGAACGACCCAUACACGUUCCUGUCGUGCGGAGAGGAUGGGACUGUGCGGUGGUUUGACCUGCGAACCAAGACCAGCUGCACUAAAGAAGACUGCAAAGAUGACAUACUGAUAAACUGCCGGCGGGCCGCCACCUCCAUAUCCAUCUCCCCCCUGGUGCCCUACUACCUGGCCGUGGGCUGCUCCGACAGCUCGGUCCGCAUCUACGACCGGCGCAUGCUGGGGACCAGAGCUACGGGUAACUACAUGGGCCGCGGUACGACGGGGAUGUGUGUGCGCUUCGUGCCCGCCCACCUGUCCAACAAGUCGUGCCGCGUGACCUCGCUGUGCUACAGCGGGGACAGCAAGGAGGUGCUGGUCAGCUACUCCUCGGACUACAUCUACCUGUUCGACCCGGCCGACGACCAGGCCCGCCAGCUGAAGGGUCCGUCCGACGAGAGGCGGGAGGAGCUCAGACAGCCUCCAGUCAAGCGUCUCCGUCUCCGAGGGGACUGGUCUGACACCGGGCCCCGCGCUCGCCCCGAGAGCGAGAGAGAGCGGGAUGGCGAGCAGAGCCCCAACGUGUCGCUGAUGCAGCGGAUGUCCGACAUGCUGUCCCGCUGGUUCGAGGAGGCCAGCGAGGCUCAGGGAAACAGGGGCGGCCGGCCCCAGACCAGACCCAGAGGGACAGCCAUUCGUCCAGAGAUAGGCUCCAGUAGCCAGAUGGACUCCAGCGCCCCACCGGCCGCCACGGAGACCCCCGCUCAGGCCCCAAGCACUUCAGAGACCCCCACUCAGGCCCCAAGCACUUCAGAGACCCCGACUCAGGGUCCCAGCACUUCAGAGACCACAACUGAGGGUCCUGCCACUUCAGAGACCCCCACCGUAUCUCCCAGCACUUCAGAGACCCCCACUCAGGGUCCCAGCACUUCAGAGAGGCCCACGGCGGUGGCGGCCAGCCCCGCACUGCCUGCUGCCCCCCCUCCCCCCCCGUCCACCUCCACCUCCACCUCGGGGACGUCGCCGGAGGUCACCGCGCAGCCCGCCUCCAGCGCGUCGACGUCGCUGGAGCCCUCCUCUUCGUCCCUCGCCUCCUCCCCGGACGCGGAGCCGAGCGGUCACGCCGAGCCCGCCGGUGACCCCGCCUCCGCCCCCACCCCCACACACACAUCUGGCCCGGCUGCACCCUCAGAGUUCGGUCCUCACCGGCUCCCCAUCAGCCUAGUGUGCCGGCGGCUGCAGCGGCUGCUCCAGCUGGCCGAGCCCCCGGGUCAGGGCGGCGAGCGGGUGGGCCUCGGCCACCCCCCCGCUGACCCGCCCCCCCGAGAGAGACAGGCCCCCAGAGCCCCUCCCACAGCCGCUGCCGAGGGCCACGAGUCCCUCCGCCCAGAUUCCCCCUCGUCUGUGGUAAACAAACAGCUUGGCUCCAUGACUCUGAAUGAGCCGCAGGGGCGACCAGAGGCCGGGCGGUCGGCUCCCAGGGAGGCCGAGAGCGUACCAGCCAGCGUGUCGGCGGCACCAGGGACCUCCACCUCUUCCUCCUCCGCCCCCGGUUCCACCACGGGCCGGGCUGGCGCUACAGAGCCCGUCCUCAGCCUGCACUACAGCUCUGAGGGAACCACCACCAGCACCAUCAAACUGGACUUCACCGACGAGUGGAGCAGCAGAGCCGCCAGCUCCAGGGGCAGCGGCGGGCCCAAAGUCUCUGCACCGGCUGCCGUCGACAGCCGAGCCAGCCUGUCUGCGGAGGGCCGAGGGGCCCGGUCUGCGGAGGGCCGAGGGGCCCGGUCUGUGGAGGGCCCUGCAGCAGAGCCAGCUCCUGCGUCGGCCCGGCCCGCCCCCGAGUCGUCACGGGCCGACCCCCCGUCCGAGGCCUCUCCCCAGGGGGCGGGGGGCGCUCCGCCGGCCCUCGAGCGGAACCCGCCGGACGGCAUGGAGGACACGUCCGGGGGCUGCCGGAGAGAGGAGCCCCCGGGAGAGGGGGUCCCCGAGGGGACGCCGCAGGGCGCGGGGGGGCAGGGGGGUCCGCCCGCCCGGGGGAACCCCGACUCGGACGACAGCGACGACGACCCCAUCCUCAUCCCCUCCACGAGGUUCAGAGGGGGGCAGGGCCAGCGAUUUAAUACGAGAGGAUCUGCGGUAGGCGAUAGGAUGAUCAGGCGCUCCGCAGCGGCCCGCAUCCAGGAGCUGUUCCGCCGGAGGAAGGAACGGAGGGAGAUGGAGGAGAGCGAGACCCAGAACAUCCGGAGGCCUUCGGUCAAAAUGGUCUACAAGGGCCACCGUAACUCUCGGACAAUGAUCAAAGAGUCGUGUUUCUGGGGCGACAACUUUGUGAUGAGCGGCUCGGACUGCGGCCACAUCUUCGUGUGGGACCGCCACUCGGGAGAGCACCUCAUGCUGCUGGAGGCCGACAACCACGUAGUCAACUGUCUGCAGCCCCACCCCUACGACCCCAUCAUGGCCUCUUCUGGGAUCGACUAUGAUAUCAAAAUCUGGUCGCCGCUGGAGCAGUCGCCUUCCUUCAACAGAGUCCUCGCUGAUGAGGUGAUCACUAGGAAUGAGCUAAUGCUAGAGGAGACCAGGAACACCAUCACAGUCCCCGCGUCCUUCAUGCUCCGGAUGCUGGCCUCACUCAAUCACAUUAGAUCAGAUCGGCUGGAGGGAGAUCGCUCAGAAGGUUCUGGGCAGGAGAACGAGGACUAGCGUUAGCUACUUGACGUUUUAAUUUAAUUAAAAAAAUAAAACACAAAAAACAUAUUUUUUUGUUUUUUGCUCGUAAGCACUUGUAAACCCAAGAUUUGUACAUGUCUACUGUAGAAUACUUCCUGAUGAGAAUUUCUAUGCCCCUCUCAUCGCUUUUUUAAGAAGAAUUUCUUACUAAUGUUUCUGAAUGAGGGUAAAAAAAAAAGUUUAAAGAUCUGGGAAAUAAUAGGAGUGGAUGCAAGGGGAGGGAAUGUCCUCUAAAAGAGUGAAAGAUAAGUUUGUGAGGAUGGAAAGUGCAAUAUUAUUUAGUCAGGAGAAUGGGAGCUUAAUCAGUGUUAUGUGUGGUGUUUUCUUUUUUGUAGCAAAAGGCAAAGAACUUCAACCUUUAUGUACUGCACUGGCGGUUCCGCAUGUCAACACGAAUCGCGCUUCAAUUUAAACUAUACCCUUUUUGAGUUUGUGUUCUUUUUUUUUGUUAUUGAAACAAAGCUGUAUUUUCUCGUCCCCAAAAGGGUUAAGUCAACGAAACAAUCCGUUGCCAAUUUCUUUUGUGUUGCAAAAAGUUUCUGGAGUAGAUGUUUUUUUCAGAUAUGUUUCUGUUAAGGCCUGGCACACUGCCUGGGCACCUCGUCUCACCAGUGAAUGAACAAAUAAAUUCAUUCCGAAACAAA